AUGGUCGACUGGUUCAGUUUCGUGCGCUUACCCGCCCUACCGAGCCUGCCGACGUUUGCGCUGCCCCAAAGCAUCCAGAAGCAUUUGCUGGCCUUUGUACUGCGCAAAUCCAUCGGCACCUUCGUACAAGAUGGUCAGCUUGAUCUCGAACGCAUCGAGGCCGACAUUGGCAAAGGCAAGCUCGUACUGAGUGAUGUACAGCUUGAUGGCAAGGGCAUCACCGCACGCAUCGUAGAUGCACUCGCUUCCCAGGGUCUCGAACUGACCUGUCAAUCUGGCCAAUUGGGUAGACUAUGCCUGUCGCUCAGCCAACCGCUGUCGUGGUCAUCACGCCUUUCGCUCGAGCUGUCCGGCCUGACUCUGCAUCUCGUUGUCAGACCAGACGGCAUGACCGCAUCAUCUCCAGCCCGAUCAUCUUCGCACAUGUCACAGUCUGCAGACAUGCCUGCACACAUGGACACUUCCAUGAUCAGCGUCGCAGCAACAGUGGCAGACACAUUCCUACGCGAAGAGCUUGAUCCAAUGUCGCUCGAAGCCGAGCAGCUGGACUCGUCCAUACGGGGACAUCGACGAUCUGGCUCGGAUGGCUCCGGCGCGCCUAGCGAGUCUAGACAUAGCCUACCUGGCGCAUUUGGCGGUCAGGCGACCGUGCUCAGCAGUGAUGAGCCGCCGCCUGAGCAAGUGACCUAUCUUGCUGGUCUCGUCGAACGGCUGCUCAGUCGACUGGAAGUCACCCUCAGUCAGGUCACCGUGCUCAUGUCUGUCUGUGACGAUGCAAGACCCCAAGCAAGCGAAAAGGCGGCGAUCGAGCUCAGGCUUGCACGUUUUGCAUUCCAGUCAGACCUCUCGCAGCGUACAGAUGGCGAGCAGAGCCAAGUCACGGCGCGCAGGCUGGAAAUUGAGGGUGUCGAGGUAUUGCUUGCUGGCCAAGAUGUUUCGGGAAUCCGCGGCCAGCGUCCCCGCAGUCGCCGGCGAGCGGACAGUGCAAGCGAUACCGACUCUUCUACGAGUGUCGAAUCUGAUGAUCUGAUGGCCAUGUCUCGCGCAACUUUUGACUUGAAGACAACUACAGCUACUUUUGCGAGCGGUACAAGCGUCUAUCUCGAUGCGGAAUCAUCCGGAGAUGAAUCAAAGACUGCUACGCCUCUGGCGCAUCCGUCGCGCGACCGAGUACUGUCCCUCUCUGAUGCGCCAAUUCGGAUCACGAUCACUUCACCGCAACGGCGAAUGCUCUCAAUACAGGCCGAAUCGGGCUUGACUACUAUAGAAAUCACCCUCGCGCAGCUGCGACGACUGGCAGACUUUGCGGACGUACUACGCGCCUCCUCACCGAGCGCCCGAGGUAUACCCGUUGACAACGACGGGACUCCGAAGAGGACCAAUUUUAACUUCAAGUCGAUCGGUGUCGAGGCUACCUUGUAUCACUGCGAGGCAAACAAAGACGCGCAUCUAUAUCUGUCACUCGCCACUCUGCACAUUGAGUUACAAGAUGCACUCGCAAACCUCACCGUCAGCGCCAUUCAGUUGACAGAGCAUCUCAUUUCGCAUUCCGUGAGCAUCUUAUCGCCUGUCGAGUUGUCCGACAUAGGCUAUGAUGCCCGCACAAGCAGUGUACCGUCUUUAAGGCGCUAUCAGGGCACCGUACGCCUGCAAAGCAAGCGCAUUCGGCAGAAGCAUAGCGAGGAUAAAUCAAUGCUCAUAUGCACCUUUGACACGCGAGAAGCAGACCCGUGUGCGCACAUUGUGAUGCAUCCAGUCAAAGUCACAAUCGACGUCUCCAUCCUUGAGCGCCUCGCAUCGGUGCUGGCGAUCGGACAGGCAUUCGCACCGGCUUCGCGGCCCAGCAGUCCGGCAGUUGCGCGAGUGACCACCUACAGCAGCGAGACCCCUCAGCCGAACGGAAAGCGAUUGUCACUCAGACUUAUGUUCAUCCGCUGCGAGCUUAGCUGCCCCGGUCCGACUGCCGUCAGCAGAGGCGGCACAUUCAUCUUAGACUUGCACAAUGGCCGGCUUCAAUCAUCAAAGCCCGAAGUGACAUCUUCAGUGUCGCGGACGCUCAUCUUUCUAGUGCCAGCCGACAACAACGCCAAGGAGCCUGAUGCGUGCUGUCUCGCGAGCUUCGGCGCUGAGGCAGCUCAAGACGUGUCGAAGCAAGCCAGUGUCCUCACUUACACUUCACUGCCUGCUACGCUGCGCUUUGACGUAGAGACUUGUAGCUUCAGCCUCAACAAAGCUGUCGUCGACGGUGCUCAGCUGUUUGCUGACGAUCUUACACGCUACUUGGCCAGUCUGCAAAGCGCAGAUGAUCGUUUGAUAGGCAGCCGCUUUUUCUUCCCUCCGCGUCGGAACCGCGAGGAGAGCUCCGCUUCCUCAGCUGCUUCGGGCAGCAGUAUCCAUGAACCUUCUUUUCGCUUCAGUCUUCGCAUCGCCAAUGCUGAGGCUCGCCUCGAUCUGCGCAAGGAGAACGGGCUGCACGCAAGCGCUCGUGACGUCCAGCUAAAGCUCAGCUCACAAAAUGCCGGUCAUAAGAGCUUACAACUUGCCUUGAAGAUCCGACAUGUGGCUCUUGAUGAGUAUUUGGAGCAGCAGCAGACGAUCGGCAUCAUUGCAACGAAGGCGCAUGUCGAUGGCAAUUGCCUACAGGUCCAUUUUACGACUAUUCUUGACGAAUUCAGUGGCGCGAAAGACUCGAGGGUAACGACUGCUGUCGAUGGCCUGAUCGUGUCCUAUUCAGCAGAUGCCAAUUGGCAUGGCUCGCUUGCCGAUUUCUUGAAGCCGCCAGAGGGUAUUCAGCAGGCCGAAGUACCUUACGAGUCGACACGCAUCAGACUAGUCAUACGCGAGAGCACUCUUCAGAUCUUGCCAGAAUUUGGCAAGCCUGAUCUGCUGACACAUGUCGACAAUCUAAAAUUCUCUACAAGCCUUGUGCAAGACCAGACCGCUUCAAUGGUCAAGCUGUCUGCUGACAGGAUUCGCAUCAAACUUGCAAAUGCAAGCGAGCAAAUUUCCUUGAUCGCCUUACAAGAUUCCGCCAAACACACGCAAAUCUUGACUGUGAGCUCAUUGCAAGCAAUAUGGCGCAAAAGCGAAGACCACAUCGAACCCUCCGAUGAUAUCAUGGUCAAGCACACCAAGAUAGAGCUCAAUGUCUGUCCGGACUCUCUCGCGACCUUGAUGGCUUUUCCUGGCCAUUUUGAUUCAGGUGAAGGCACACCGGUCGCACCCAAAGCAGCAUCGCUUGGGCCCAGGCCAGCUUUGUCUGAGGGAGAAUUGCAAAGUCUUCUCAGUAGCGUCAUCAUCUCUAAUAUCGGAGAAAGAGUGGUCGAAGACGUCGACUUGGACCUCGUCGACGACGAUUUCCCUUCCAACGAUCAUUUCCUCUCUCUAGACGAUCAUGCCACGCAUGCAACGUCAAACGACGAGGAUUUUGAGGCGCUCGAGGCGUAUGCGAAUAAUGAGGCGAUCAUCUCAGAUAUCGACGGGGAGACGAUCCGUCUCCUGCACGACGGGCCAGUCGUGUUGGACGAAACCCACUUUGUUUCGGCAAAGGUGGUCGAAGUUCCUAGCUCGAGAAGCAUCCCAGACCGUCGCGUGGUGCUGAAGGACUGCCAGCUCGUCAUCGGGCUGCACGAAGGCUACGAUUGGCAAGCCACUCGCGACACUAUUCAGCGAGAAUCCAAGGCAAUGCGCAAGAGGCUGCAGAAGAUCCGCCAACUGCUGGCGGAGGGGCAUAAGAUGGAAGAGCCAGUGUCGAUGCUGCUCUACAACACAAUCCCCUUAGGCCUUGCGGAGUCGCAGAUGCUUCUGGACGACGCUCAGCUCAUGCUUGCUAUUGACAGCGAACUCGACGCGAUGGCCGAUGAUGAUACCGCGAGUAUGCGCGAUAGUCUGCUGGACGUGCCACGUCGCCCGACUUCGCGAACAUCCUCGAAUCAGCCACGGAGUCGACAAGGCAAGCUAAACAGAUCCAGACAAGCUGCUAUCGAGGUCAGAUUAAGGAUUAGUAAAGCUAACAGCAGCAAUUUCACGAGCCAGAAUCAGCUGGGCGCAGCAGUGAAAGUCUCGGCAUCGCAUUCUCUGUUACUCGACAGCUUCGACAUCAUUGACAACAUUAAAACAUCGACUUGGCGCAAAUUUUUGGCGGAAAUGAAAGUGUCCGAAGGCGGUAGCAUGCGAACGAGUACGCAGCCGAUGCUCAGGUUGGAAGUCGCCGCACUUCACUCGCCUGGACAAGCCACGGACGAGCUGGUUAUCAAAGGUCAAAUCACGCCAUUGCGAUUGCAUAUCGAUCAAGAUGCCUUAGACUUCCUCAAGCACUUUGGAAGCUUCAGGCCCGAGCCUGUAGCAGCGGCAUCAUCCCAGCUAUCGGAGCAGGCCUACAUACGCUCGCUCGAGAUUAUGCCAGUGGUGAUCAAACUGGACUACAAGCCGAAACGAGUCGACUACAAUGCACUCCGAGGUGGUCGCUUUGGCGAAUUGAUGAAUCUCUUCCACUUCGACGCUUCGGAGAUGGUCCUUCGACGCAUUGUCCUUUCAGACGUGCAUGGCUUUUCCAGGCUAUCGGACCUACUGCAAGAAAUCUGGAGCCCAGAUGUCAAAGCCAAUCAGCUGUCCGACUUCCUCUCAGGCAUCGCGCCCGUUCGCUCGCUCGUCAAUGUCGGGUCAGGCGUGGCAGAUCUCAUACUGCUUCCGAUCGAGCAGUAUAAGCGUGACGGCAGGCUCAUGCGCGGCCUCUUGCGAGGCACGACCUCUUUCGCCCAAACGUCGGGUCUAGAGGCACUGCGCGUGGGCGCCCGGCUCGCUACAGGCACGCAGGUCAUUCUUGAGAAGGCAGAGCACGCCAUCGGUGCAAAGUACAAUGAGGCAGUCUUGCCAGACAUGUCAUCAUCCUUUGUGCUCGACGAUGGCCAUUCGAAGGAGACGGAGGCUUUCAGCAAACAUGCACAGCAGCCGCUUGACGUCAGACAAGGCAUUUCAGAAGCUUACCAGAGCUUGCGCACCGGCAUCAGAUCUGGCGCACAGACCAUACUAGCAGUACCGAUGGAGUAUUACGAUGGCUCUGCAGAGGGGCGUCCUCACUCCAUCGUCAGAGCCGUACCUGUCGCAGUACUCAAGCCUAUGAUCGGCUUGACCGAAGGGGCUGGCAAAUUGAUGCUUGGGGCACGCAAUUCGCUCGCACCAGCGUCAGCAGAGCUGGCUAAAGACAAGUACAAACGACCGUCAUCGGCCCAAUAG